CCAAUUUUCUCAACUACAAAUCAAGUCUCAAAUUCACUCCACAACUUUUUGUGGCCUUCACAACUUCAUAUUUCCUCUUCACUAAAAGUUAUAUACAUAUCUUGGCAUUUGGCCAAAUUAAACUAUACUCAUUUCUUGAACUCAUAUUAAACAUGGAUAUGGUGAUGAAGUUGGGAUCAUCAAGCGCGGUUGUAAUUUUCACCAAGAGUAGUUGUUGCAUUUCUCACAGCAUUGAAACCCUAAUUCGUAGUUUUGGAGCAAACCCUACAGUUUACGAGCUCGAUACACAUCCAAAUGGAAAGCAAAUGGAGAAGGCAUUGAUGGAGCUAGGGUGUCAUCCAAGUGUGCCAGCAAUAUUUAUAGGGAAAGAGUUAGUUGGUGGUGCAAAUGAGAUAAUGAGCCUUAAUGUGAGAGGAAAGCUUAAACAAUUGCUCAUUAGGGCUAAUGCCAUUUGGGUAUAAAAAAUUAAUUAAUUAAUAAUUGACUAGCUAUGUAUAUAGCAAUUAGUCUAAUAAUUAGAGUUUUGAUAAUAAAUUUACCACCUUAUUAUAUAUAGCUAGGGAGUCUUUUUGUUUUCUCCUACAUUGAUGUGUAAAUAAAAUUUAUAUACUUAGGUCAUGUAUGGUCUUUUCUUUUGGCAAUCUAGUGGCAAUUUUUCUUUUUUCACACAUGAAAGAUAUCAAUAAUAAUGAGCUUCUUGAUGUAUAAAAUAUAGUACUUUGUGUGGCUA